CCGCUGCAAUUGGCGCUGUCGCUCCUCUAUCCCCCAGCCAUCGUUCACACUUCUCUCCAGGUCUUUCUUUCCCUCACCGCCGCCAUUAUCGAGCUCUUGAUGUACGUAGUGGAGGGGCGGCGACGGGCACUGGAGCUCAACGAAAAUGCGGACACUGCGGCAAAUAUCUGGCCAUGUUAUUUCCGGGAGGCGGAAUUUGCCAUAGAUGAUAGAAAGUAUAAGCUUGUGGCCGAGCUUGCGGACUUCUUUUCAUCCCCCCAAGCAGAUACCAUCCUCUCUAACGUACAGUAUGAUAGUUCUGUCUUUCUGCCUAUUGAUUUCCAGAAGCUUCGGAAAGUAUGUUUGGUAGAUGGGUUUUAUGCCAAUCUGAGGGAAGUGCCAAAAGAGGCACUCUUAUGCAUGGGUGCCGCAGCUCAUGUGGCUCUGUUGUUGAAGGGAAAUGACUAUCAUAUUGUAGAUGCUGAGAAGAUUAAUAUUAGGCUGUAUAAUCAUCUGGAUUCAUUGAUCACGUUAAAGAGUUUGAAAGGGGGGGGUGCAGGGAAGCUUGUUUCUAUACGUGGCACUGUUGUCAAAGUCAGUACUGUUAGGCCUCUGAUCACUCUAAUGGAUUUUACCUGUGCGAAGUGUGGAACUACUAUUACAAGAGCAUUUCCAGAUGGAAAGUUUUCACCACCCAUAGGUUGCACUAUUCAUGGAUGCCGAAGCAGGACUUUUUCUCCGGUCAGAUCUACUGCUAAAGCGAUAGAUUUUCAAAAAGUAAGGAUUCAAGAAAUACUUAAAUCAGGGAUUUAUGAAGAGGGUAGGGUGCCGCGCACAGUGGAGUGUGAAUUGACUGAAGAUCUUGUUGAUUUUUGCAUACCAGGUGACGUUGUGACAGUUACUGGAAUCAUAAAAGUAAUUAAUAAUUACAUGGACAUAGGUGGAGGGAAGUUCAAAGCGAAGAAUCAGGGCCUUUAUUAUUUGUAUUUGGAGGCAGUUUCAGUUAGAAAUUCGAAGUCACAUGCUGUUUCUGAAGAAUUAUCUGAUUUGCAUACGUUUUCACCAAGGGAUUUGGAGUUUAUUGUCAAAUUCUUGGAUGAAAAUGGGCCAGAUACAUUUCGCCAAAUAGUUCAGUCUUUUUGUCCUUCCAUUUAUGGGCAUGAAUUUGUAAAAGCUGGGAUCACACUUGCAUUAUUUGGAGGGGUGCAGAAGUACUCAAUGGAUGAGAACAAGGUCCCAGUUCGAGGGGAUAUUCAUGUCAUUGUAGUUGGUGAUCCUGGACUGGGUAAGAGCCAACUUCUACAAGCAGCAGCAGCAGUUUCUCCACGAGGCAUAUAUGUUUGUGGAAAUGCAACAACAAAUGCUGGCUUAACUGUUGCUGUUGUUAAGGAUCAUAUGACAAGUGAUUAUGCCUUCGAGGCAGGUGCUAUGGUUCUUGCUGACUCUGGUUCAUGCUGUAUUGAUGAAUUUGAUAAAAUGUCUGCAGAGCAUCAGGCUCUUCUAGAAGCCAUGGAACAACAGUGUGUCUCCGUUGCAAAGGCUGGAUUAGUAGCAAGUCUUUCUGCACGUACUUCUGUUCUAGCUGCAGCGAAUCCUGUUGGUGGACAUUAUAACCGUGCAAAAACUGUGAAUGAGAACCUGAAAAUGAGUGCUGCUCUUCUGUCACGAUUUGACUUGGUUUUUAUUUUACUAGAUAAACCUGAUGAGGUGCUUGAUAAACGAGUUUCUGACCAUAUCAUGGCUCUUCACGCGGGAAAUGGGGAGCAUUUAUUUCCCGCAAAGAAGCAAAGCAGAGUGUUGGGAUCUUGUGGAGACAUUGCAUUUGGUGCAACUGGAUCCCUGAUUUCACGACUCAGGCUCGACCAUAAGAAAGAUAAGGAUUUUGUUCCAUUACCAGGUCCUCUUCUCCGAAAGUACAUUGCUUAUGCAAGGACAUACAUUUUCCCCAGGAUGUCCAGGCCAGCUGCUGACAUAUUGCAGAAAUUUUACCUGCGAUUAAGAGACCAUAAUACCUCAGCGGAUGGUACCCCUAUCACUGCAAGACAGUUAGAAAGUUUAGUGAGGUUGGCAGAAGCUCGUGCACGGUUGGACUUGAGAGAGGAAAUAACGGCCAAAGAUGCUAUGGAUGUGGUUGAGAUAAUGAAGGAAUCUUUGUACGACAAACUUUUGGAUGAGCAUGGCUUUGUAGAUUUUACUAGGAAUGGUGGGAUGAGCCGGCAGAAAGAAGCCAAAAGAUUCUUGAGUGCCCUCCACAAAGAAUCUGAACUUAAGCAAGAUGAGUGCUUCUCAAUUUCGGAAAUAUACAGUUUGGCUGAUAUGAUUGGCUUGAGAGUUCCAGACGUUGACACUUUUUUGGAUAACUUGAACAGUGCUGGCUAUCUUCUUAAGAAAGGACCAAAUAAGUAUCAGGUAUCAUAUUUGGGGUACCUUUUGCCCCAUCUGCUAUGCAGGUCCUGUCUUCAUCUUUCUCGUAGUCAAGCGACUUGGUAACUUGGUUGAGCUGUUGGAUAAGCAAUUGACAAGAAAUGUAGAGAAAAUUAUUCUUGUUCAAUAUUACGGUUCUCUGAUUUUUCAUAUUGAUUCAGAAGGGAAAUAUUUUAGUCCAGUUGAGAAAAUAACAAUUUUGAUA